CCGCAGGGUAAAUGGCUUUGAUAAUCUGUACGCCAUGGAAGUUGACCCAACUGUCGACAAAGUAAAAGCUGGCGAUGACGAGAGUGUAAUGGGGGGUAUGAUGCAAGAGAUAAUGGGGUCGAUUCCUGGUAUCGAUGAAGCCAUGAGUUUUGCAGAAGUUAUGAAGCUUGUUCAGUCGAUGGAAUACUCGUGUAUAGUAUUUGAUACCGCCCCUACGGGGCACACCCUGCGGUUGCUUCAAUUCCCUAGCAUUCUGGAAAAAGGCUUGGCCAAGAUCAUGGAUCUUAAGGAGAAAUUCGGUGGCAUGCUGACUCAGAUGAGUAGUCUAAUGGGAGCGCCUGCAUUCGACGAUGCCGCCAUUACCGAACAAUUGAACAGCACAAAAGAAGUCAUCGACGAAGUUAUCCGUCAGUUCCAGGACCCUGAGAGCACCACGUUCGUGUGUGUAUGUAUCGCCGAGUUCCUGUCACUUUACGAAACUGAGCGACUGGUACAAGAACUAACAAAAUUCGAAAUAGAUACACACAACGUCAUAGUAAACCAGCUGGUUAUGCCCGAUGAAAAGUCAAGCUGUGGACUUUGUAAGUCACGCGUGUUGAUACAGCAAAAGUAUCUGUCGCAAAUCGACGAUCUUUACGAGGAUUUCAAUGUCACCAAAUUACCUUUGCUGACCCACGAGGUGCGUGGAGUAGAGAUGAUCAAGGAGUUCUCUGAGCUAUUAACAAAUCCCGACAAUAAGGUUCAAUCACUGAAAGCAACCCAGUAAUCGUAGAAAGGCGGACAAUAAAAGUAUUAGGCGCUUUUGUCAAUGUUUAGGAGUUUUGGGCGUGUCACUUGAAGAGCAUAAAAGCUGAUGGGAAGAGAAAAAGCCCGCGAC